UAGAAAACCAGCCAUAGAAACCAACCUACAGACUCUACAAUACCGCUUCAACAAACCACCCGUGGCAAGACCGCUGCAUUCUCUCUGUCCACUACCUUUCUCCGUCUGCUUCUCAGUCUUCACUCUGAUCCCAGUAUGGUUUGUUCUUGUCUACAUCUUUCUUGCAUUUCACUUCUAUUUCCUUUCACUUAUCUCUACACUCCUUUUGCUCUCUCUCUCUCUCUCUCUCUCUCUCUCUCAUCUGUUUCUCUAUUCUCUACUUCCAUUCAGUCAUAUUCUCAUUUUUCUUUGCUGUUAUCAUCAUUUCUUGUUCAAUUUUUCUUUUUUCCUGAGAGUUGAGUUUUUCUUUAAAAAAAUAAAUCAAAAUGGUACUGGAUAUGUUUAUCUCCAUCUUCACCGAGAUCAUUAAAGAUCCCAUCAUGCAAUUCGUUGUCGUUCCUAUCAAACGACACAUUAGUUAUCCUUUCACCUACAAGACCAAGGUUGAGAGGCUCCAGGAUGAGGCUCAGCAAUUGAACAGCAAAAGAGACAGGUUGCAGCAAUCAGUUGCUGAUGCUUCAAGAAGAGGGGAGGAGAUAUACGAUGACGUCUCCAAGUGGCUUAUUAGUGCGGGAGAAGCUAUUCAAGAAGCCGAGCAACUUAUCCAAGCCAAAGAACAAGCGAAGGAGAGGUGCUUCAUUGGUUUGUGUCCCAAUUUGAAGACGCGCUACCACCUCAGCAAGAAAGCAGAAAAGAAAGCUUCGUUGAUUGGUAAGCUUCGGAAUCAGGAUGGACUUGAAUCAAUUUCCCACCCUCAACCUCCAAAGCAGAAAGUGGCCCCAUCUGUAUAUGAUCGUGAGGAACUGCCUUCGAGGGUGUCAAUUUUGAAGGAAAUAAUGGAUUCGCUGAGAGAUCCUGAUCUUAACAUGAUUGGUGUUUAUGGGAUGGGCGGGGUCGGUAAGACCACCCUUGCUAGGGAGGUCCAUAGACGAGCCCAAUAUGAUAAGUUAUUCGAUGUUGUGAUUUUUGUUACUGUAUCACAAUCGCUAGAGCUCAGAAGAAUUCAAGCGGAGGUUGCUGAAGUCUUGGGUCUUGAUCUUCAUGAGGAGGGAAUCCUCCUAAGAGCAAAUCGACUAUAUGAGAGAUUGAAUAAAGAGAAGAUACUUAUCAUUCUUGAUGACAUUUGGACAAAACUUCAAUUAGAGGAAGUGGGAAUUCCAUUUGGGCCUGAUUGCAACGGAUGCAAAAUAUUAUUAACUUCGAGGAGAAGAGAUGUGUGCCAUAGGAUGGGAGCGCAGAAAGUUUUGGAACUUGAAGUUCUACGAGAAGAAGAGUCAUGGAAUUUGUUUAAAAUCACCGUAUCUGUAGCUGAUGGCCAAGAACCGAAGUUACCUCCUUUAGCUACUGAAAUUGCAAAAAAAUGUGCAGGAUUGCCCCUUCUCAUACUCAAAGUUGCUACAGAUUUGCAAAUGAAGGAGUCAUAUAUGUGGGAUGAUAAGCUGAAGCAACUUUCUGACUUGGAUAAUGAAGAAAUACAGAACAAGGUGCACUUGGUUCUUAAGUUAAGCUACGAUAAUUUGCCUCGCAGUGAACUCAGGUCAUUUUUCUUGCUUUGUGGUCUGUUUGGACAGUCUAAUAUUCAGAUCCAAAACUUGCUAAAAUAUGUUAUGGGUGUGGGUUUAUUUAAGCACAUAGCUACAGUUAAAGAUGCGAGAAACAAAGUAUAUACUUUGAUUGAUGAACUGAAAGCUGAGUGUUUACUGCUAGAUGGUGACAUGAAUGGAUAUGUGAAAAUGCAUGACAUUGUUCGUGACACUGCCCUGUUAAUAGCUUCUAAAGAGCAACAUAUUUUUAUAGGCACAAGUGGUGCUGGGUUGGGGGACUUGCCAACCAAGGAUUGCACCAGAAUUUCAAUACCUUACUGUGAUAUCCAAGCACUUCCUCAAGGGAUGGAAUGCCCAAAAGCUGAUUUAUUGUCGGUCUUCACUGAAGAUCUUUCUUUGGAUAUCCCUCAAUUAAUUUUUGAUGGAAUUAGACGACUCAAAGUAGUGGAUUUUACGGGGAUGUGUUUCAUGUCUCUGCCUUCAUCACUUGGUUUCCUAACAGACCUUCAUUCCUUGUGCUUGCAUCGAUGCCAUCUGGAUGACAUAGCUAUCAUUGGAGAGCUAAAGCAACUAGAAGUUCUCAGUUUAGCAGAUUCCUAUAUUGUUGAGUUGCCCAGACAAAUAGAACAAUUAAGUAGACUAAAAUUACUGGAUAUCGGCAAUUGUUCCAAUCUUAAAGUCAUUCCAGCAAAUGUCUUAUCCAAGUUUUCCAUGUUAGAAGAAUUGUAUGUGAGCAACAGCUUUGUUGAAUGGGAGGCGGAAGCAAUCAGCAAUCAGGGUAAUGCAAGCCUUGCUGAGUUGGAAGGGUUGUCUCACCUUAGAACUCUGGAAAUACAAGUUGUAGAUGCGAAGAUAAUACCAAAAGCCCUGUUCUUCAAUGGGUUGGAGAGCUAUAGAAUACUCAUAGGAGAUGUAUGGGACUGGCAUGGAAACUUUGAAACUUCAAGAACUCUAAAACUCAUGCUCAAGACAAGUAGUUACUUGGAGCAUGGGAUUAGAGUGUUGUUGAGGGAGACUGAAGAUCUGUAUUUGGAUGAAGUGAGGGGUAUUGAAAAUGUAUUGUAUGAUAUUGAUGGAGAAGGCUUUCCACGGUUGAAGCACUUCCACUUCCAAAAUGAUGUUUUGAUUCAACGCAUUAUCAGCUCACCAAAAUGGGCUCCAUAUCCUGCCUUUCCCAUCCUAGAGUCCUUAUUUUUAGAAAAUUUAAUGAACCUGGAGACAAUUUGUCACGGUCAACUUGCACGAGGUUCAUUUAGCCAAUUAAGAACCUUAGAAGUCAGAAAAUGCCAAAUAUUAGAAGCUAUGAUAAUAGAUGAAAGUGAAUACAACAAUGAAGUGGUUGAGUUCAAUCAACUGCGCUCCUUGAAGCUAAAUGAUUUACCAAACCUCAGAAGCUUUUGCUGGAAAAUGAAGAUGGCUACAGGAACAGAAGCAAGACAAAAGCAAUUGACAGCCUGUCCACUUGAGGAAAUUGUGUCGGAGGAUGAGCUUGGUGCUGAAUUAUCAUUUUUCAACAGAAUGGUUUCUUUUCCCAACUUGGAGGAAUUGCAAUUAACCUCAAUUGCUUGUGAAAGGAUAUGGAACGACCAACUUUCCGCAACAUGUUCAAACUUAACAAGUUUGACUGUGGAACGUUGCAACAAUUUGAAGCAUUUAUUCACAACUUCAAUUGUUAAAUGUCUUUUGCAGCUUAAAAAACUUAAGAUAAAAGAAUGUAAUUCCAUGGAAGAGAUAUUACUGACAGAGGAACUAGUAGAAGAAGAAGAGGAAGAGAGGAUAAAUAAGACAGCCUUCUCCAAACUGGAGAGCCUUCACCUUAGUUUUCUUCGACACUUGUCUAGAUUCUGCACUGGGUAUUCAAUUGAAUUUCAGUGCCUUCAAGAAUUAACAAUUUGUGAGUGCAGCGCAUUGGUGACUUUCGUUGCCAAAGCAGAUACGAAACGUAACACUGAAAUUCAACCACUCUUUGAUGAAAUGGUUUCUUUCUCUAAAUUGGAGGUACUGUACAUAAAAAAUAUGAACAACUUGAAAAAUAUAUGGCACAACCAACUGGCAGCUGAUUCCUUCUGCAAACUGAAAUCAUUGUCAAUUAAUUCUUGCUCAAGACUAGUGACUGUUUUUCCAUUGGCUGUCUUGGAAAGAUUCCUGAGAUUAGAGAAGUUGGAUUUAUCAUAUUGUGCUUCAGUGCAAGAGAUAUAUCAACUUCAAGGGUACAAUGUUAGAGAAGUAGGUGUUGCUGCAGCAUUUGAGCUAAGAGAUUUGCAUAUACUUAAUUGUAACUCAUUGAAGCAUAUAUGGACUAAGGAUCCACAAGGAGUUUUCACUUUUCAAAAUCUGAAAUCAGUUUAUGUUGGAGAGUGUAAUGUCCUGAAAAAUAUCUUUCCAGCCUCCAUAGCCCAAGGUCUUUUGAAACUUGAAAAGCUUGAAUUAAGCCGGUGUAAGGAAGUGGAGGAGAUAGUUGCACAGGAAGAAGGUGUAGAUCUGAAAAAUAUCUUUCCUCAGUUGCUAUUUCUUAAAUUUUUAAGACUACCAAAACUGAGGAGUUUGUAUUCAGGAGGGACUACCAAUACUUUUGAGUGGCCGAAAUUGAAAUUUUUGGAAGUGAGAAAUUGUCACAAAGUGAGGAAAUUCGGUUCAGAAAUUUCAGAUGAAAAAGAAGUGGGCCAACAAAGCAUCCCAAUUGAAAAACCUCUCUUUUUCUUGGGAAAGGUUAGUCCCAAAUUGGAGGAAUUGACGUUGGGGCACAAGGACUUGAGUGCGAUACAACAUGGUUUAUUGCCAUUUCAGUGUUUUUCCAAACUCAGAGUUCUAAACUUGUUCUCUCUGCGGGAUGAAUCACGUCCUUUUCUAAUCCUUCUGCUUAAAAGAGUGUCCCAUCUGGAUAAAAUUUCUGUAUCAUUCUCUCAUUUAGAAGAGUUAUUCUCACGUGAAGGACUUGUUGGGGAGGAGGAACAUGCUAUUGCUAGGAUACUUACACAGGUGAAAAACUUGGAGUUAAGCGUUCUUGAUAAUUUGAAGUGUAUUUGGAAUCAAGAUUCCCGAGUACAACCGCUUCUUCUAUGUCUUCAGACUCUGAAAGUAAGUAAUUGCGGUAGUUUGAUCAACGUAGCACCGUCAUCAUCAUCAUCUUUCCUCAGUCUAACAACUCUUGAAGUGAAUUCAUGUCGAAGGUUGAAAAACUUGAUAAUGGCAUCCACAGCCAAAAGUAUGGUUCAGCUCUCCAAAAUGAUCGUACAUUUUUGCGAAGCGAUGACAGAAAUAGUAGCAAGCGAUGGAGAACAUAAUGAGGAUGAAAUUAUUUUCUGCAAAUUGAAAUAUUUGGAACUUAGUGGUUUAAGUAGUCUUACCAGCUUUUGCACAGGGAAUCAAGUCUUCAAUUUUCCAUCUUUAGAAAUCGUUAUUGUCGAAAGUUGCUUUCGGAUGAAGAAAUUCUCUGGAGGAUUCUUAAUCACACCAAAGCUACGGGGAAUACGACUGAACAAAUACGCAGAUAAACAACAUUGGGAAGGAAACCUUAAUGAGACCAUGGCAUGUCAGUUAACAAAUAUGCAGGUUGGCACACAUUUUCAAGUAUCUGGGUAUCCUGAGCUCUGGAAUGGCAAAAUCCAAGGAAAGCUCUUCCACAAUGUAGAAAUCCUAACCGUGAACACACGUACAUUUACUUCCAAUGCCAUAUCGGCCCAUUUGUUACAGUUCUUGAACAAGUUGAGACAGAUAAAUGUAACGGACAGUGAUUCACUGGAAGUAGUGUUUGACUUGGAAGGGCUAUCUUCUGAUAAUGGGCAUGUUGGGCUGCUACCUCGAUUAAGUGAAUUGAAGUUAAUGAAUCUACCUAUGUUGAGACAGUUAUGGAACAAGCAUCCUCACGGAAUUUUGGACUUCAAGUGCCUAAGAUGGCUCAAAAUUGAAAAUUGUAGCAGCUUGAAGUAUAUAUUUACUGGGUCAAUGGCAUUGUGCCUCUCGCAACUUCAAUACGUAGAGCUGAAAUAUUGUAACAUGAUGGAAGGAAUAAUAGAAGUUGGAAAAUGCCAAAGAUUAGAAGCUAUGAUAAUAGAUGAAAGUGAAUACAACAAUGAAGUGGUUGAGUUCAAUCAACUGCGCUCCUUGAAGCUAAAUGAUUUACCAAACCUCAGAAGCUUUUGCUGGAAAAGGAAGGUGGCUACAGGAACAGAAGCAAGACAAAAGCAAUUGACAGCCUGUCCACUUGAGGAAAUUGUGUCGGAGGAUGAGCUUGGUGCUGAAUUAUCACUUUUCAACAGAAUGGUUUCUUUUCCCAACUUGGAGGAAUUGCAAUUAACCUCAGUUGCUUGUGAAAGGAUAUGGAACGACCAACUUUCCGCAACAUGUUCAAACUUAACGAGUUUGACUGUGGAACGUUGCAACAAUUUGAAGCAUUUAUUCACAACUUCAAUUGUUAAAUGUCUUUUGCAGCUUAAAAAACUUAAGAUAAGCGAUUGUAAUUCCAUGGAAGAGAUAUUACUGACAGAGGAACUAGUAGAAGAAGAAGAGGAAGAGAGGAUAAAUAAGACAGCCUUCUCAAAACUGGAGAGCCUUCACCUUAGUGAUCUUCCACACUUGUCUAGAUUCUGCACUGGGUAUUCAAUUGAAUUUCAGUGCCUUCGAGAAUUAAAAAUACUUUUUUGCAGCGCAUUGGUGACUUUCGUCGCCAAAACAGAGACGAACCAUAACACUGAAAUUCAACCACUGUUUGAUGAAAUGGUUUCUUUCUCUAAAUUGGAGGUACUGUACAUAAAAAAUAUGAACAACUUGAAAAAUAUAUGGCACAACCAACUGGCAGCUGAUUCCUUCUGCAAACUGAAAUCAUUGUCAAUUUUAUUUUGCCCAAGACUAGUGACUGUUUUUCCAUUGGCUGUCUUGGAAAGAUUCCAGAGAUUAGAGGAGUUGGAUUUAUGGCAUUGUGAUUCAGUGCAAGAGAUAUAUCAACUUCAAGGGUACAAUGUUAAAGAAGUAAAUGUUGCUGCAGCAUUUGAGCUAAGAGAUUUGCUUAUAUUUUGUUGUCACUCAUUGAAGCAUAUAUGGAGUAAGGAUCCACAAGGAGUUUUCACUUUUCAAAAUCUGGAAUCAGUUAUUGUUACAGGGUGUAAUGUCCUGAAAAAUAUCUUUCCAGCCUCCAUAGCCCAAGGUCUUUUGAAACUUGAAAAGCUUGAAUUAGGAUGGUGUGAGGAAGUGGAGGAGAUAGUUGCACAGGAAGAAGGUGUAGAUCUGAAAAAUAUCUUUCUUCAGUUACACACUCUUGAAUUUUCAGGUCUACCAAAACUAAGGAGUUUCUAUUCAGGAGGGACACAUACUUUUGAGUGGCCGAAAUUGAAAUGUUUGAAAGUGAAAAAUUGUGACAAAGUGAGGAAAUUCGGUUCAGAAAUUUCAGAUGAAAAAGAAGUGGGCCAACAAAGCAUCCCAAUUGAAAAACCUCUCUUUUUCUUGGGAAAGGUUAGUCCCAAAUUGGAGGAAUUGACAUUGGAGCACAAGGACCUGAGUGCGAUACAACAUGGUUUAUUGCCAUUUCAGUGUUUUUCCAAACUCAGAGUUCUAAACUUGCUCUCUCUGCGGGAUGAAUCACGUCCUUUUCUAAUCCUUCUCCUUAAAAGAGUAUCCCAUCUGGAUAAAAUUUCUGUAUCAUACUCUUAUUUAGAAGAGUUAUUCUCACAUGAAGGACUUGUUGGGGAGGAGGAACAUGCUAUUGCUAGGAUACUUACACGGGUGAAAAACUUGGAGUUAGACUCUCUUGAUAAUUUGAAGUGUAUUUGGAAUCAAGAUUCCCGAGUACAACCGCUUCUUCAAUGUCUUCAGACUCUGAAAGUAAGUGAUUGCGGUAGUUUGAUCAACGUAGCACCGUCAUCAUCAUCUUUCCUCAGUCUAACAACUCUUGAAGUGGAUUCAUGUGGAAGGUUGAAAAACUUGUUAAUGGCAUCCACAGCCAAAAAUAUGGUUCAACUCUCCAAAAUGAUCAUACGAUAUUGCCAAGCGAUGACAGAAAUAGUAGCAAGCGAUGGAGAUCAUAAUGAGGAUGAAAUUAUUUUCUGCAAAUUGAAAUAUUUGGAACUUAGUGGUUUAAGUAGUCUCACCAGCUUUUGCACAGGAAAUCACGUCUUCAAUUUUCCAUCUUUAGAAAUCGUUAUUGUCGAAAGAUGCCUUCGGAUGAAGAAAUUCUCUGGAGGAUUCUUAAUCACACCAAAGCUACGGGGAAUACGACUGAACAAAUUUGCAGAUAAACAACAUUGGGAAGGAAACCUUAAUGCGACCAUGGCAUGUCAGUUAACAAAUAUGCAGGUUGGCACAGAUUUUCAAGUAUCCAAGUUUCCUGAGCUCUGGAAUGGCAAAAUCCAAGGAAAGCACUUCCACAAUGUAGAAAGCCUAACCGUGGACACAUGUACAUUUACUUCCAAUGCCAUAUCGGCCCAUUUGUUACAGUUCUUGAACAAAUUGAGACGGAUAAAUGUAACGGACAGUGAUUCACUAGAAGGAGUAUUUGACUUGGAAGGGCUAUCUUCUGAUAAUGGGCUGCUACCUCGAUUAAGUGAAUUGAAGUUAAUGAAUCUACCUAUGCUGAGACAGUUAUGGAACAAGCAUCCUCACGGAAUUUUGGACUUCAAGAACCUAAGAUUGCUCCAAAUUGAAAAUUGUAGCAGCUUGAAGUAUAUAUUUACUGGGUCAAUGGCAUUGUGCCUCUCACAACUUCAAGAGGUAGAGCUGAAAUAUUGUAACAUGAUGGAAGGAAUAAUAGAAGUAGAGGAAGCUAAUAAGAUGAUAUUUCCCUCAUUGAAGUCCAUGAUCCUUGAAUGUUUGCCUAAAUUUUCAAAUUUUUGUUCAAGAAGUAGUAAUCUGAAAUGUCCAUCAUUGAAAAAGAUGAGCAUAUAUGACUGUCCAAGCAUGAAGACAUUCUUUUCCACACUACUACGGGAACAAAAACCAAAAGGAAAUGGUGAAGGAAGGGAGCAAAGACAAGACAAGGAAGAGUUCGAUGUCCCUUUUAGCCAUAAGAUGUUUCCCAAAUUGGAGGAGUUGUCAUUAGACAGCAAAUCUGUCAUGAUGCUGUUGCAAUCUGAAUUCCCAACAGAGUUCUUUUCCAAACUAAAAGUUGUUGGGCUGCGCUCCUUUCCAAACAAAUCUUGUGCUUCUCUAUUUCGUUUCCUUCCAAAAUUACCCAAUCUUGAAGAACUUGGAGUCCGCGACUCUUCUCUCAAGGAGCUUUUUGUAUUAAAAGGACUCGGUGGUGACCAGAAAGAUACUAUUACACCCUCACGGAUAAGAGCUUUAAAGCUCAACAAUCUUGGUGAUUUGAUUAAUUUAGCACCAUCAUCUGCAACUUUCCAAAAUUUAACAACUCUUGAAGUUAGUAAUUGCAAUGGAUUGAAAAAUAUGGUGACAUCAACAGCAGCCAAAAGUAUGGUUCAACUUGAGAUAUUGACUGUAAAUUCUUGUGAUAUGUUGAUUGAAAUAGUAGGAGGUAAACACCACGAAACAACAGAAGAGAUUGUUUUCACCAAAUUGAAAACAUUAAAACUCAGCGAUUUACAGAGCCUCACAAGCUUCUGUUUGGGCUGUUACACUCUCAAAUUCCCAUCUUUGGAACAAGUAACUGUUGUAAGAUGCCCCAACUUGAGGAUUUUCAAUCCUGGAGUGUUAAGCACGCCAAAGCUACAGAGUGUAGAAGUGGCGUGGAGAAAAUUUCAUUGGGAAAGAGAUCUCAAUGCCACCAUUGAACAUUCGUAUGAGAAAGCGAUUGGAUUUGAAGGCAUCAGUCAUGUGAAACUCUCCAACUUUCCGAUGUUAAAAGAAAAUUGGAAUUGUCAAUUUCCAUUCAAGCGCUUGGAGAAUUUAAAAAGUUUGGUGGUGGACGAGUGUGCAUUUUUCUCAAAUGCCAUAUCAUCAAAUCUACUGAAGCACGCGAGGUACACUUUGAAAGAGCUGGCUGUAGAAAAAUGUGAUUCAGUUGAAGAGUUGUUUGAUUUAGAAGGGCUAAAUGCCGAUGAAGGUCAUCUUCGGCUAAUGAGUAAUUUAAAUGAAUUGCGGUUAAUUGAUUUGCCUAGGUUGAGGCAUGUGUGGAACAAGGAUCCUCAAGGAUUUUUGAGCUUUAAAAACCUAGAAUUGCUGCAAGUUCAUAAUUGCAGCAACUUGGCUAAUAUAUUUACUCUGUCCAUGGCUUUGGGUCUUGUAAAUCUCCAACAUAUGGAAGUAAAAAGAUGUAGAAUGGUGGAACAUAUCAUCAGGAAAGAAGCAGACGAUGAAAUAGGAAGGGACAGGACCAUAUUUCCAUCAUUGCACUCCAUUAGUAUCGAGUGUUUGCCCAACUUGUCAUGUUUUUAUUCUGCAAGAGAGGUUCUGAAAUGCCCAUCCUUGAAAAAAAUUGAUGUGGUUGACUGUCCAAAGAUGAAAUUAUUGGCUUCAGCAUUUCGCUAUGAACAAGAUUCAAGCGUGAUUGUUGAGGGAAGUGAAGAAUCUGUUUACAAGGGAGAUGUCGAUAUUUCCAUGGCUCCUUUUUUGGGUGGCAAGGUUGCAAUCCCAAGCUUAGAAGAAUUGAAAGUGGAAUGGAAAACCAUGAAGGAUAUGUGGCCAGAAAAAUUUCAAUCCGUGUUCUUGUCUGGACUGAAAGGCAUUGAACUGACAUGUUAUCCUGGUGGAAGUGAACUUUUGCCAACUGAUUUCUUUCAAAUUUUAAUCAAUCUGGAGAAACUUGUUUUGAGAGAUGCUUCAUUUGAAGCAAAAACAUUUCAUGAAGCAAACAUUGGUGAGCAACUACAUCCCGAAUCAUGUAAGGUGCCAAUGCUCAAGCAUCUGAUGGAGAAAGACUCCCAGCAAGUCCCAGCUUCUCAAUAUCUGGAGACAGAAGCAAUGGAUUGCGGCAGACUGAAAAUUUUACUGCCAUUCACGGUUUCUUUCGAAAAUUUAACAACUCUGGAGGUAUCAAAUUGCCAAGGUCUAAUAAAUCUAAUGACUUCAAUUACAUCUAGAAGUCUUGUGCAACUUAGAAGAAUGAAGGUAGAGAAAUGUGAAAUGAUGCAAGAAAUUGUGGCUAGUGAAACAGAUGAUGCAGAAGAACAGAUUUGCUUCAGUCAACUACAAUAUUUGGAGCUUCAUGAUCUACCACGCCUCACAAGCUUUUGCUCUGCUAAUCCUGCCUUCAAUUUCCCAUCCUUGGAGGAAGUGAUCAUUAGAGCAUGUCCCAAUAUGAAGAUUUUUGCUAAAGAAGUUUUAAGCACUCCAAAGCUAUGGCGAGUUCAAACCGGAAAACAUAAAUAUGAAUGGGAAUGGGAAGGCAGCCUCAAUAACACCAUUGAAGCAUUAUUUGCACAUACGAACCCUGAAGAAAUAGGGGAGGCCAGCGUUCAUAUGCGUGAGCUCCAAUGAGGCUGAUGUUCCAUGUGAUUUGUGACAGAUUAUACUUAAUUUUCGUUUGAGGGUACAUGGUGAAUUGGUUCUCUUAUGGCUGAAGUCUUUCAUUCAUGUAUAAUAAAUGUUCCCAAACUGCUAAGUUCUUGAUAGCACAAGAAUCGGUUUUUAAUGUGGUUCAAAUUUAACACUGAUGAUUUUUUUGUUUUUUUAAUUUUUUAUUCAUGAAUCAUUUUGUUCUGUUUUCAUGAUCAUGAAAAACUGACUCACAGGAGGAAGUGUUAGAUAUGGAAGAUGAAGAUCAGCAAAGGCAUGCCAAUGUACUGGACAUGGCAGGCUGGGAUAGUUGUAUUUAUGCUCUGGUUCUUGAAAGAGUUCCGGCCUCUUCAAGAAUUCCAAGUGGAAACGCUGUUCUUGCUAAUCAAGUUCGGUGCAGCCGUCUCUUGUACUAGGACAUUCUAUUUCUAUUCCUGUAUUCAAACUUAAAUUUCAACCUCUCUCUUGAAAAUGGAAAAACAGAAAUUGUGGGAUAACAGAAAACAGGCGAUUUAUGCUUACUUUCAA